GAGAUGACAUUGAGGCUGUGUAGAUGGGAGUUGAGUCUCUGGUUGUUGAUGUUAGACAGUCGCACAAGGCGAAGCGGCUGCUGCCCGUGUUGAUUCAGCCUCCUCCUCCUCUUCCUCCUCCUCUUCCUCUUCCUCCUCCUGGUCUUCAGUACUGCUCCCCGCUGGACAGCUCCUGCUUGGACAUCUCUAACGCUGCAUGGUCCCUUUAAGUCUUUUAAUGGAAGUAACAUCUAUUUAUGUUCCAAGAAAUAUUGGGAGUUUACAACUUCAUCCACAGGAGGAAUCUAAGGAUACCUCGUUUCGAGAUUUGUGGCAGGCAGCGUAUCCUCGGCGGCACACAACACAGAUUCAUUGUUAACGGCGAUUGAAGAGCCGUGUGUGCACAGGCUUCACCUCCAGACAAUUGAUCUAAGGGUAAGCUCUAGAAAUUGCGAAACUGCUGUCUACGUGGACUGGUGUUGAAGCCUCUCGUCCGACUGCCAGGACCUUUGCAAAACCCAGAGACAUGGCGACGAACGGCACCAAAACGGACGGACAGGUCACAGAACUGAACGAGGUGGCCACUAACGACAAGCCCAAGUCGCUGGACGUGAAAUCCGAGAAUCUAAAGGAUUUGCCUGUUAGAGAAACAUGGGGAGGGAGAUUUGAUUUUCUCCUGUCGUGUGUGGGUUAUGCAAUUGGACUGGGAAACGUAUGGAGAUUUCCCUAUCUCUGUGGAAAAAACGGUGGAGGAGCCUUCUUGAUUCCCUAUUUUUUGACCCUAAUAUUUGCUGGGAUGCCAUUGUUUCUACUGGAAACCUCCCUUGGUCAAUACACCUCUAUUGGAGGGCUUGGUGUGUGGAAACUGGCUCCUAUGUUUAAAGGUGUGGGCCUUGCAGCAGCUGUCGUGUCCUUCUACCUAAACAUUUACUACAUUGUAAUCAUUUCGUGGGCCAUUUACUACCUGUACAACUCCUUCACAUAUGACCUUCCAUGGAGCUCAUGUCACAACGCUUGGAACACAGAGAAAUGUUAUACAAACUACUCCAUUGUAGAUACCACCAAUCUCACCAGCUCAGUGGUGGAGUUUUGGGAGCGCAACAUGCAUGAAAUGACCGAUGGCUUGGAAAAACCAGGCCAGAUUCGAGCGCCACUGGCAAUAACACUGGCCAUCGCCUGGGUCCUUGUGUACUUCUGUAUCUGGAAAGGGGUUGCCUGGACAGGGAAGGUCGUUUACUUCUCAGCUACAUAUCCCUACUUCAUGCUGUUUAUUCUCUUCAUCCGUGGGGUGACUCUACCUGGAGCUACGGAUGGAAUUAUGUUCUAUAUCACCCCUGAUUUCGCAAAACUCAAAGAAUCUGAGGUAUGGCUGGAUGCAGCUACGCAGAUCUUUUUUUCCUACGGAUUGGGAUUGGGGUCACUUAUAGCUCUGGGCAGCUAUAAUCCUUUCAAAAACAAUGUUUACAGAGACUCUAUCAUUGUGUGCUGCAUCAACUCUUGUACCAGCAUGUUUGCUGGCUUGGUCAUCUUCUCUAUUGUUGGCUUCAUGGCAAAUGUGACAAAGAGACCCAUAGCAGACGUAGCAGCUUCAGGUCCUGGCUUAGCUUUCCUGGCCUACCCUGAGGCUGUAACCCAGUUGCCCGUGUCUCCUCUCUGGGCCAUUCUGUUCUUCUCCAUGCUGCUCAUGCUGGGGAUAGACAGCCAGUUUUGCACUGUUGAAGGCUUCAUCACUGCACUGGUGGAUGAGUAUCCCAGAGCUCUUAGGGGAAGGCGAGAGAUCUUCAUCGCGGCCGUCUGUUUCGUGUCCUAUAUAAUUGGACUUUCAAACAUCACACAGGGUGGAAUCUAUGUCUUCAAGCUGUUUGACUACUACUCUGCCAGUGGAAUGUGUCUCCUGUUCUUGGUCUUCUUUGAAUGCAUCUCCAUAUCCUGGUUCUACGGUGUGGACAAGUUCUACGACAACAUUGAGGAGAUGAUUGGCUACAAGCCUUGUAUAUGGUGGAAGCUGUGCUGGGUCGUGUUCACCCCUCUCAUUGUUGGUGGUGUGUUCUUGUUCAGCGCCAUACAAAUGGUUCCUCUCAAAAUGGGAGACUAUGUGUACCCAGGAUGGGGUCAGGGAGUGGGCUGGCUCAUGGCCAUGUCCUCCAUGAUUCUCAUACCAGGAUACAUGGUCUAUAUGUUUCUCGGACUCAAGGGAACUUACAAAGAGCGACUGAGGAUAAUGCUCCACCCUCCUGCAGUUGUCAGGCGACCUCUGGAGAAUGGACCUGAGCAGCAGGCAGAAACCAACACCGCUACCCUAUCGAGCCCUGUCAACCCCGCCAGCCCUGUCAGCCCGGCCCCGGCCCCGGCUAACCCUGCCAGCCCCACCACUCCAGCUCCAGUCAGCACCACCAGCCCUGUGACUCCAGCUAACCCGGCCCCUCCGCCAGCAAAUCCAACCACUGCCACUAGCCCGGUGAACCCGGCAACUAGUCCCACUGUCACCAUCACCACCGCCACCACCGCGGCCAGUCCGGCUAACCCUACUAUCACAACUGUUAGCCCGACCGUCCCACCACCCAACCCAGCAAGCCCAACGGAGCCUAUUAUCCCCCCAAACCCAACGAGCCCGACCUCUAACCUGACCAAUGCAGAGGCCAAUGUGUAGACAACAAAGAAACCCUCAUGGAGCACGUUGACAAAAGAGAACAUUACAAAGGACUUCCAAGAUUUUAAUUGAUUCACCUACCUCCAGGGGCAAUAUGUGAUCAAAACUGAUUUUCAAACCAUCUUUAAUUUUUUCUGCAUUUGUAAAAACCAAACCAAUUAUGUCUUAUUGUUGGUUUUCAUUCAGAAAACAAUGUCAAAGACUGUUAGUGUUGACAAAUACAACCAUACAUCUGAGUAAAAAAAAAAAAAAUGUAAACAUACUGUGUAAUACUGUGAGAAAAGAAAAAAACAGAGAUAUAGUUUAGAGAUUUGUUGAAUAUCUUCAUGAUUCAAGUAAAUACCGUGUGAAUAUAGUAGAUGAAGUAGUGAAAAAUUGACAUCAUUGAAGAGUGGAAGGGAUGUCAAUUUUAUUGUGGAUGUUUACUAAACCUCACACAGUUGUCUCUUUUCCAAACGUUGCACUCUGUGAGGUAAACUACAGGCCACAAGACAAACGGGGAGCAAGCACAAUGCCAAUAAGAAGUUCAUGUUUAGGAGCUCUUGCAAAAGAUUUUGUGUGUGAGAGAGACUGUUAUUUUUCCUUCCUUUUUUUUCAGUAAAAAAAAAGGGAAAACUUUUAUGUGAUCGAAACAUUUUUAGAAUUAUUUUUAGGAUGUUUUAUACUAUAUGUGUUGUGAUGGAGGACCAAAAUCAAUAGGCAGACAAAAGCAAAAACUAUGCCAUUUAGUGUUUGGUUGGCAAAGCACAGGGUACAAAGAAGUACAACAAAAAAAAGCACAGGGUUAGAGAAGUGAUUUACAAACAUUGACUAUCCUUUAAUGCUGACAGUCAAUCCUGUUUACGUCUUGCAUGCUUUCCUCAGGAACAUCAGUGAAAACGUUCUGAAAUGUCUCCUGACAAACAAUAAAAAAAGAAGAAGAGAGAAGGCCUUAAGCCAAUACACCAAUUUCAACAAAGCCAUAGUCUGUUUACAUGACUGGCAGAAUUACAAAAUCCAACUUUGUAUGCUAGCACAAAAACCUGGACCAACUCUGUGUUUAAGUAAAGUCUUUUUUAUGUGUAAUGAUCAAUUAUAGUUUGAUCAAUAUGUAUUCAGCAAUACAUAUGUAGAUGUAUAAGUCCAGGCCAGUAAGCAAGUGGUCUGUUUCUCUUUUUGUUUAUGUUGUCUUUGCUUUACUAGUGAAAAGCACAAGCUUUAAUUGCCCCAGACUUUUGCCAUGGCUUGUUAGGACAAUGUUAGUUUGCUUCUAUGGCAGCUACUGUGAAAGGCAUCUGGUUGAACAGAACAUGUUUACUUUGAAAAGCAAAACAACUGAGCGAAAAUGUGAAAUGGCUACAGUUCAUGUCCUGUGAAUUUUGUAUAAAGUUACUCUACCACAGUUUUCUCUGGAACUUUGUUGUAAAACUGUACUGUGUAAAACAUGUAACUGUGAAUGUCUGUAAUACAUUGGAAGUUAUUGUCUAAAUGUUGAAAAAAUGGAGUUGCUGUUUUCUGCAAUAAUAUUUUGAUCACAGAAGCUAAAGCACAUAUCUUACAGAAAUAUACGAGAUGAUGAUGACAAUGAAGAUACUGAGGAUUAUAUUAAAAAUAGAUACUAUGUCUAGUAAAACAAUAUUGUUUUGUAUAUUUUUAACUGUCUCACUGCCUAAUGUAAAACAUAAUAUAAACAUGAUAUGUAUUUAAAUGGUGUCACAUGAUAAAGCACGAUUGUUAUGUUAUACAAACAGAAACAGAUUGAAAAAAUAAAGAAUUAUA